CAGGAGUUUAUAAGCAAAGUAUCAGGAAAACGCUAGUCUUCAUCAUGGCAAUCACAUUUACACUUUUAUUAUCGAGACAAGGAAAAGUCCGAUUGUCCAAAUGGUAUCAUGCCAGCAGUCAAAAGGAAAAGGCCAAGAUCACUCGAGAAUUGACCACCAUUAUCUUGUCUCGAAGAGCCAAGAUGUGCAAUAUACUAGAAUACAAGGAUAUGAAGAUUGUGUAUCGUCGGUAUGCAUCGUUGUUCUUUGUCAUGGGUAUCGAUGCACUGGACAAUGGAUUAUUAGCACUUGAAGUGAUUCAUCGAUACGUAGAGCAAAUGGACAAGUUGUAUGGCAACGUUUGUGAGUUGGACAUCAUUUUUGGAUUUUCCAAGGCCUAUCAUAUUUUAGAUGAAUUGAUCCUAGAUGGUCAUGUUGUGGAAUCUUCAAAGCGAGAAGUGGUGAAAAAGGUUACUCAGCAGGAUGAAUUGGAGAAUAUGGACGAAUUCGAGACUAUUAUGACAUAACCUUGGCAUAUUUUAAGUCAGCUACGACAUUUGAAAGAGCCGGCUCAAUCAGAAUUCUGGUGGUCAACUAAGAUUGUUUAAUAUCUUCAGGUCUUGAAGGUGUUUCUGUAUCAAGCGCUUGUGGGUUCCGAAAUAUACUAAAAAACCUUCAUCUUAAUAGCAGCUUCAACGUACGCAGCCAAGAGUUCAUGUGUUGUCUGGAAAGACACUUUUGCCAAGCCGUCGGGAGUCAUUGAAACAGAUGUGUGCUUAUUUUUUUCGUGCAGAUAUUCGCUAAAAAAGAUAUUUGAUCGGGAGGUGAGUUGACUGUGUAUUCGUUCUUGA